AUGGCACCUAUAGCUUCUUCAUCCAAUGCCAGCCCCAGCCGCCCACAGGAUACCAACAGUCUGGUCCUUGAAGGCUGGGGGCAAGGUUUCAUGGUAGGAUCCCUAGCCGUGAUGACUGUGAUUACCGCAGCGAAUAUGAAGUCAAAGAAGGUCAUUCAUAAAUUCAUUAUCAUUGAGUUGCUGCUAGCUGCUUUCCACGGAACAUUCAUCUUUCUGCAUGAACCAGCAUAUGGCUGGUACUUAUCCGCCAGCGCUGUUAGUCUGAAUGUAUCGGCAGCUUUACACAAUCUUAUUGCCUGGAUGAAGGCUCGAUCGUUCUUUAAUAUUUGGGGCAGUCGGUUCUAUCUAGCAACCUUGCUGCUAGCACAGGUAUACUGGAUCCUGGAGGGCUAUGCAAACUUCGCCUUCUUCAACUACAAUAAACCACUCUUCAUAACAACUAGAUAUUUUGAGCCCUUGUUCCGUUUUGACGUCCUCGGUGCAGUCCACCUCGCCAUUCCGACUGGCGUGGAACCUAUUUGGAAGCCUGUUCUGCUCACUGACACUCGUGGUAUGACUUCAAGUCUACCCUGGAUCGGUGUUCAUAUAACGGGAGACAUACCCGACGGGAGAAUCCAGAAUUCUCCUGAUACAUACGGCACCUUCAGUGCCACGCAGGCGAUCUUGGUUGACCAUUGA